GAAAUCAGCGAAGAAGAAGAAGAAACCCCGGUGACCGUGAGGCGUUUGUAAUGUCUGAAGGAGAAGAAACGUGCUGACACAAAAUGAUGAACUUAUCUGCCUUGGUGCACAGCCUCAGAUGUUCUCUGCUGCGCAUUGAAAGCAGACUCCUCCAAAUAUCCGGACUGGACACGCAGCUGGCCCCAGCUCUGGCAGUGAAUGGCCCCAGCCUUCUGCCCCAGAUCCAGCAGGACCCUCCGCAGGACGAGGAGCAGAGCCCGGAGCAGACACCUGGCCUCCUGGACAGCAUCCUGUGGAUGGCGGCCCCCAAGAAGAGACGCACCAUAGAGGUCAACAGAACCAGAAGGAGAAAUGAGAGAAAGCUGAUCCAAGUUAAGAGAAACAUCGAGCCGUGUCCAGAGUGCGGUCAUUUGAAGCAGAGCCACAUCCUCUGCGGCUUCUGCUACGCCAAGAUUUGCAGGGAGACCUCCCUGAUACGUCAGCAGAUCCAGGAAAUGGAAGGCGGCCCCCUGAGGGCCCCGACCGCGGAGACGGUCAUCCUGUACGAGGGGGAGACGCCGAGCGAGCAGGACGGAGGGAAGAGGAUAGUGGAGCGGUCCAGGAAACGGCCCGCCUGGUUCAGAAACUGAUGCUCAGGCUCGGUGAUAUGAGCUUUACGGAGACAAACGACAUGUGUUCGUGUGUAUGUUGUUUUUGUUUUUCAUGAGUACAUUUUUUUAAAGAAAUGCAGACAUUUCUCAUGUGUUUCUGCUUUUCCCUGAUUUAAAAAGUUCUUUCAGAUGAAAGUGUCGGAGGAACAUGAUGUGUGAAUGAACAAAGUAAAGUCAUUCAGUCAGAAAAAAAAAAUCAUUGUUUUGGAUCUGUUCUUUAUAGCCUUUGAUUAAAAGUGAUAAACUGUCUCUUAUUUCACAAUAGGACUGAAGCAGUUAAUGUAAUUGAUAAAUCAUUGACAUAAUUGUAAUCAGUUAAUUGUUAACUGGACUACACAGACUCUUAAGGAUGCCAAUCAGAGCAGUAAUUAACAUAAUCAGAGCAGUAAUUAAGCCAAAACUGUACAAAAAUAUGUUUACUGCAUUUAAGAUGAAAAAGCUUCUUUGUAAAUAUGUUCUAACCAGAACUCCUCAAGUGGCAUUUUUAGCUUACUCUUGUUAAAAGUUUGUUAAAAAAAAAAAUCUUCUUAACCACAUUUUGCUGUCCAUUUAUCAAUAAAAAAAUAAACAGUC